AUAACAAGUCGAGGGUGUGGAAGUCGUGAAAUCAAUCAGCGUUGGGCGCGAGACGGUUCGUUUUCUUACCACCUCCCUCUGCUUUCGCCAUUCCGCGUUUACUCUUCUUCUCUCAACUUCCAGAGAGAGAGAGACAGCGACGAUGGACGACGCCGUUGACCUCCGACCCGCCGCCACCACCGCCGCCGCCGCAUCUGAUAAACACAAAGUCCAGCUUCCAAUCGGAACCAAAGAAGAAGGCGAACUCACUUCUUCCGACGAUUGCGACGGAAACCUUGAUGGCUCUACUGUGCAAUCCGCCACCGCUGCAGCUGAGUCCGGUUCCGUUCCUUUGGAGCAAAAAAGCACCCAAGGCGUUCAGGGUGGCUCCAAUAGUACACAGGCGCAAAAGAGCAUACAACCAACUUCUCAGAAGAGCUUAAAAAAGAACCAAUUACCUCCCAAGUCUUCUCCGUGGACUGGUCAUGUAGGCACUGAUAAAAAUCUUGUGAUAAGCUUCUCUGAUGAUGAAGAUGAUGAUAGUGAGAGUGACAUUGAAACUAAAGGUAAUGCAUCCAGGCUGGAUAGCAAUUUAAAGCGACCUAGCUCAUCCUUUGAGAAAUCAAACAAGUUACAGUUACAACAGAAUACUAGAAGUUUGCACAAGGAAAUGCCCACGAGGUCGUCCUUAAACCGCACAUUUAUCUCAUCAAUGACCAAAAAUCCUGGUUAUAAUUCUAAGGGUGCUGGAUCCAUGUCAUUGGGACAAGGUUCACGAGCUAGAAAUUUCAAUCCAAUGAGCAAAAAGUUUGCAAGCCAGGAGCGUGGACAUGAUCAAGGAGCCGUAUCAAAUGUCAAUAAACUUCAGGAUUUGCGGCAUCAGAUUGCACUUCGGGAAAGUGAACUCAAAUUAAAGGCAGCUCAACAAAAUAAGGAGUCUGCUUCUGUUUUGGGUAAGGAACAAAAAGCCAUGAACCUAAAGAAUGACACAGCUAGAAAAAUUACUCCUGUGUCCUCAGGGGCUCCACAUUUGGAGCCGAAAGAACCAGAUAGGAAACGUUUGAAGCUUGGCACAUCUAAUGGUACCCCCCAAGCUGUUGGCAAUCAGCAAGAAGCUCCUGCAGUAAAAUCUAUAUUACUAUCAAAAGAUUCUAUUAGGGAGAACUAUUAUCCUCAAGAUAUAAACAAGGUUGAUCAUAGCCAAAAGGAGAUUCCAUUAUGUGGCGGAGAGGCAGCAGUUAACACAUCACAAAGCCAACCUGACAAACAUCUUAACAACUCAUUACAAAAUCUGCCUUGUAGAUCAAGAGACGGUGAUGUCAAUUAUGGUUUCAAUCAGUCUGAGAAGCGUACUAGGCUGAACGACCCUUGCAUAACAUUCAACCAAAGUGCAGUGCCAGCUAAUAUGCCUUCCAACAAUGUGCCAAAAAAAAUAGAAGCAAUGAGUGACGCAGUUCUUUUGAACAAUAAUGGGAAUGUAAAUGUCUCCGAAGAUAGCAGCACUGAUUUACAGUCAUUUUUUAGUAUGGAAGAAUUGAUAGACAAGGAACUAGAGGAAGCUCAAGAGCGCAGGCACAAAUGUGAAAUUGAGGAAAGAAAUGCACUUAAAGUUUAUCUUAAAUCUCAGAGAUCUUUGUUUGAGGCUAAUGUUCGAUGUCACGAUCUUUAUCACAAAAGGGAAUUGUAUUCGGCUAAAUUACGAUCUUUAAUUUUAAACAAUUCCAGCUUCUCUUUGUCUUCAGGGCAGCACCAACAUCUUGAUAUAGGGCUUGAUUACUUACCUAGACUUGGGUAUGAAUUACCCACAUCUAGCUGUCAGAGGCAGGCUGAAGAUAAUGUUACUAAUAGUCUUAGUUUUGAUUCUAAUAAUCAAGGCAUUAAUUAUAGGCGCUCCAAUACAUCCUUUCACCAUAUGACCGGAGCAAAUUUGGGGUCUGAACCUUAUGUUGAACCAGAUGCCAGUACAUCAGAGCCAUUACCUCAAAGGGGUGAUAAUGCUGCAGAUGGAGUUCAUUCUCCUUUGGAUGAAUUAGAUACUUCAGCUAAUGAAAAUGAAGAGAUUUCUCCAGAUGGACAUGUGUCGAAUCAUCUUGAUUCUGAAUAUCAUAGAAAACAAUACUCAAAGGCCAAAUUAAUGGACAUUGAUACAGCAUCAAAUGCAAAUACUCCCCCCGACUGUCCCCAGGAUCCUUUGCUUCUUGAAGCAACAUUAAGGUCCGAGUUAUUUGCACGAUUAGGGAGAAGAGCUAUGAAGAGUAGCAGUACAUGUAACAACUUGGAGCCUGCUACUGAUCGAGAGGCUGAAAAUGAGGUUGGAUGUGAGAAAAGACAGGUUCAUCAAGGUGUUGUCCCAUUGUCUAGGGCAGAAGAUAGUGAUCUUAGAGAUAUUGAGAAGAAUGAACGGAACAUUUAUCUGGAUUCCAACGAGAUUCAAAGUCAGCGAAACAUUGGUGGAAAUCCUUUAAAUGUCAACUGCAAUGCUGGUUCAGGUGAUCAAGGGGAUAUGCCUUUUCAAGGUCUUCACUCAACUAAUACAGUGAGCAUCCCACCUUUGAUUUUUAGGAGUGCAUUUAGUGAGCUGAGAGAAGUUUCACUAAUCAAUUCAAAUCAAUCAUCAAAUGAAAGCAAAUAUAUUCACUCUUGUGCUGGUUUCAAUGAAAAUCCGACUUCCCUCAUUUCUGAUGAAACAAAAUGGAGCAAUAUGUUAGCGAUCUCAAUGCCUGCCACUGUUGGGAAUUUGCUCUCAGAGGAAAGCUCUUAUGGAUACAGUCCUGCAGUUGAUCCGUUUUGGCCCCUUUGUAUGUAUGAGCUGCGAGGAAAAUGCAACAAUGAUGAGUGUCCAUGGCAGCACGCUAAGGACUAUGGUGACGGAAACAUUGAUUCUAAUAAUGCAGAUCCUCAAGAUAGACUGCCUUUGCAUCAAGAAAAUUGUAAUGGUGUGGUAAAAGUUGAAAAGUAUCACAAAGCUACAAUCCUGCCAACUUAUCUUGUUGGUUUAGAUGUUCUGAAAGCAGAUCAAUUUGCAUAUAAACCUGUUAUGGUGCAUAGAAAUACUCAAUGCUGGCAGAAGCAUUUCAGUAUGACAUUGGCUACUUCAAUUUUGCUACAAAGUGGUUUACAUGGUGAUGUUCCACUAUCACACGGUGGUGAUGAGCGCAUAGAGGUUCAUGGAGCAUGGAGCAAGAAGUUAUCAUUUCAGUGGAGAAAUGGAGUUGGGAAUCAAAUUAAGCAGGCUAUGACUGAUGGUGAACAAGUUGUUGAGACAGCUCUUCUUAUUCUCAACCAGGAAGUCAAUAAAUUGCAUGGUGUAAGAAAGGCUCUGUCUGUGCUUUCAAAAGCUCUGAAUACUGAUCCAACAUCUGUGGUUCUCUGGAUUGUUUAUCUGCUCAUUUACAGUGGAAAUAUGAAGCCAGAUGAAGAGGAUGACAUGUUCUUGUGUGCGGUUAAGCUCUGUGAAGGAUCUUAUGAACUGUGGCUCAUGUACAUCAACAGUCGGAAAAAGCUUGAUGAUCGGUUGGCUGCCUAUGAUGCUGCUCUCUCAGCACUUUGCCAGCAAACAUCUGCUGAUCCUAAGGAUAGAAUGCAUGAAAGUGCAUGCAUCUUAGACCUGUUUCUGCAGAUGAUAGAUUGCUUAUGCAUGUCAGGGAAUAUUGAGAAGGCCAUUCAGAAAAGUUAUGGAAUAUUCCCAACUACAAAUGUGUCUGAUGAUCCUCAUCUUCUGUCACUCUCAGAUAUACUCAAUUGCUUAACAAUUUCUGACAAAUGUGUGUUCUGGGUUUGUUGUGUUUACUUAGUUCUUUACAGGAAACUGCCUGGUGCUGUAGUUCAGAAGUUUGAAUGUGAGAAAGAUCUCCUGGAUAUAGAAUGGCCCUCUGUCCGUUCAUCAGAAGAUGUGAAGGAGAUGGCUGUCAAACUUGUGGAAACAUCUGUUGAAUCUAUUGAUUCCUAUGUAUAUAAUGAAUCAGUGAAAAGUGAAGUUAAUCUCAAGUCUGCUCAACUUUUUGCUCUCAACCUUAUCAGAUGCGGAGUUGCUCUUGAUAGCCUAGAACUCUUGAGGAAUUUGUUGGAUAAAUAUGCGAAGUUGUACCCGUCCUGCAUAGAAUUGAUCCUGGUGUCAGCUCAAAUACAAAAUCAGGAUGUUGGUUUUGAUAGUUUCGUGGUAUUUGAGGAAGCCAUCAACAGAUGGCCAAAAAAUGUUCCUGGAAUCCAAUGCAUCUGGAAUCAGUAUACUACAAAUGCAAUUCAUAAUGGAAGCAUUGAUCUUGCAAAAGAAAUUACAGUUCGAUGGUUCCACUCUGCAUGGCAAGUACAGGAUCUCCCAUGUGACAGGAUGGAUACCACUGUUGAUGAUAAUUGUUGUGUCUCAGUGGGAUCGGAUUCAACCGGUUAUAAACAGAUAGAUAUGAUGUUUAGAUAUCUGAACCUAUCUCUUUAUAAUUUUCUCCAGAAUGAUAAAACAGAAGCAUGCGUAGCAGUGGACAAGGCUAGGAAUACUGUCAGUUUUGGAGAUUUAGAGCAAUGUUUAAGUAAACAUCUUAUGUUUCUGGUUUGUGAUGCAUUGAGCUUGAAGGAGGAUGGGUUUAAUGGUGCUAUCAAGAAGAUGUUAGAGUUUUAUAUGGAUAGUUCCUCUCAGGCAUUGUUAGUCCCUAGGGCGCUAACAAGAAAGUUUGUUGACAACAUCAAGAAGCCAAGAGUACAACAUCUUAUUGAUAAUAUAUUAAGUCCAGUUUCAUUAGAUUGUUCUCUACUAAAUUUGGUGCUUCAAUCAUGGUAUGGUUCAUCUCUUCUACCCCAAACUGUUAGCGACCCGAAACAUUUGGUGGAUUUUGUUGAAGCCAUUAUGGAGGUAGUUCCUGAGAACUAUCAAUUAGCUAUUGCUGUUUGCAAGCUAUUAAGCAAUGGUUACACUUUGUCUGAUUUAAGCACAACUGGUCUAUGGUUUUGGGCUUGUUCAACCCUGGUAAAUGCAAUUUUGGAUGCCAUUCCAAUACCCCCAGAAUAUGUCUGGGUGCAAGCUGCAGGGUUUUUGCACAAUGCUACCGGCAUUGAAGCAAUUGCCCAGAGGUUUUAUAGAAGGGCUCUAGCAGUGUAUCCAUUUUCUAUUAUGCUGUGGAAAUGUUUCCAUAAGCUAUGCACGACCAUUGGAUACACAGAUGAUGUUGUUGAAGCAGCAAAAGUAAGGGGUAUUAAACUCUGAAUUUAGCAACUGAUUGAAUGUCUGGUUGGUAGGAUCAACAUAUUUGCAUGCUCAUAGAAACUAACAGGCCAGUUUUGCUUCUACCAGAAGAAGGAGGCCUCAACAAGUAGAUGAUUUUUUUCAAUCAAUCAUAAAAUAUUUAUACAUGUUUGAAAGUAGUUCUGAUGACACAAAAGUAUCUUGCUUCGACAGUUGGACUUACAUCGAACUUGUACAGGUACAGGUAAGUAAGGUGUGAGUACACUGGCAAUUGUGCUGGUGAAAAUUUAGGAAUGGCGUCUUUUGCCUUCUAAAUUUUGUUUUCCUUUCUGCCCCUUCCUUCUUAUACAAAACAAAUGAAAAAAGGCAUGUGAAGAAGGUCUUCCCACCACAGAGGAAUGAUCAAAACAUUCAUUGUUACUCUUUUCAACAUUCUUUUUAUUAUGCGGGUUAAAACUCAUGUUUGCGCCACUAAAUAACCUGAACUCAAUCUUUAGUGUGUCUAGCAUGAGAUUUCUUGGUGAUAAUUUAGAUUGUUGAAAAGAGUUUUAAGAAUGUGUUUUCCAGAUUAUUAUGUUGUGAAUGCUGGUGUAGUGGUAUUUGACUCUGUAAUUUCAUAGAUUGUUACUUCCCGGAUGGAAUGAAAGAAUAUUUUGUGCCUA